AUGGAGCCGGAUAAUUUACCAUACCGUGCAGAAUAUGCGAAAAGUGGUCGAGCUUCUUGCAAAGGGUGCAAAGAAAAUAUAGCAAAAGAAAGUCUACGAUUAGCUGUUAUGGUUCAAUCACCUUUUUUUGAUGGGAAACAACCUAAUUGGUAUCAUUUUUCUUGCUUUUUUAAAAAAUUUAGACCCAAAGAUUCUUCUAGUAUUGCACACUUUGAAUCUAUUCGAUGGGACGAUCAAGAAGCCAUUAAAAACAAAAUUGGGAAAACUACUAAAUCAAAAAAAAGAAAUAAACCAAGUCCGAGUAAUAUUCCAGACUUGGGUGAUUACAAAGUUGAAUAUGCCAAAAGUAAAAGAGCUAAAUGUAAAGUUUGCGAAGAAACAAUAAAUAAAGAUGAAAUUCGAAUAUCGAAAAAAGACUACGAAGGAGAAAUCGCUCUAAAAUAUGGUCCUGUAGACAGGUGGCAUCAUGUUGAUUGUUUUGUUAAAGCUAGAGAAGAAUUAGAAUUUUUCAGUUCAGGAGAAGUAUUGCCUGGUUUUAAAACUUUAACCGAAGAAGAUCAAAAUCUAUUAAAAACUAAAAUUCCAGAAUUGAAUAAUCAUUCUUCGAAAGAUGGACCAUCACCUCCGAAAAAAUUAAAAGAAGAUGUGAAUGAUGAAUUUAAAAAAAAAUUAAAAAAACAAAAUGAUUUAAUUUUUAAAUAUCAUGAUUUACUUAAACCUCUUAAAAAACCUGAAUUGCAGUUACUUUUAGAAUUUAACAAUCAAGAAAUUCCUGAAGGGCCAACAAGAAUGAUAGAAAGACUCACUGAUGGAAUGGCUUUUGGAGCUCUGAAAAAAUGUGAAAAGUGUAAAGGACAGUUAAAUUUUACAUCUGGAAAAGGUUACACUUGUACAGGAUAUAGUAAUGAAUGGUUAAAAUGUGAAGCGGUUAAUACUAAACCAUCGAGAGUUCCUUUCAAAGUACCUAAUGAACUUAAAGAAAAAUAUACUUUUCUUAACAAAUUCAAGGGAAAAGUUUUAGAAAGGUUAUUUAACGAAUCACCAAAAAAAGAUGAACCAUUAUCGAGUGAUGAAAAUUUGUCAAAAACGCCAUUGAAAACAUUUAAAUUUUUUAUUCAUAAAACUCAUGAAAAAAAUUCAGAUAAAAUUAAAAAGUUAAUUUCAGAGCUUGGUGGAGAAAUUACAAAAAAAUUCGAAAAGGAUUUAACUGCUGUUAUUUCCACGUCAAAUGAAUUAAAAAAUAUGAAAAACUCGAAAACUUUGAACUCGGCUCAAAAAGCUGAAAUUCCUGUCGUAUCUGAUAAAUUUUUUGACGACAUAAAUAGUUGUACUUCGAAAAAAGAAUUUGUGCAAAAAAUUAACGAAAAUAAAAUUUCUCCUUGGAAUUUCGACCCUUCUAAAAUAACAAUCGUGGAAGAAGAUGAUAAGAUUGUUGUAACAAAAAAAUCCGUGUAUCCAGCCAAAGAAUCUCGGGUAAAUAAAUCAAAAAUGUUCAAAUCGAACGAAUCCGUUAAAAAAGUGACCGUUAAAGAUGGAUUAGCUGUAGAUCCAGAUUCAAAACUGGAACAAAUUGCUCACGUUUAUCGUAAAGGAAAUGACAUAUACAAUUUCGUGUUGAGUUUGGUGGAUGUACAAAGUGAUAAAAACAGUUAUUAUAAAAUGCAAAUACUCGAAAGUGAUAAGAAAAAAAAAUAUUGGGUAUUUAGAGCUUGGGGCCGCAUCGGUACCACAAUCGGUGGUAACAAAUGCGAAGAAUAUGAAACGUUAGAAGACUGCAUUGAUUUAUUUAAGGAAACGUUUGAAGAACAAACGGGAAAUAAAUGGGAAAAAAGGAAAAAAUUUAAAAAAGUACCGGGUAAAAAAAUCAUGCUCGACAUUGAGCAUUACAACGAGGAAAAAGAAAAGGACAAAUUAAAACCCAAAUUAGAUUCGAAAACCCUGUCGAAAUCAGUACAAAAUUUAAUAACUCUCAUAUUCGACAUAGAGGCCAUGAAGAGAACCAUGUUGGAAUUCGAAUUGGAUUUAAAUAAAAUGCCGUUGGGAAAAUUAAGUCAGAAACAAAUUCGAAAAGCUUUUGAAAUUCUCACGACUUUACAAAAUUUAAUUAAAAAAAAUUCCGAACGAAGUCAUUACAUUGAAAAAACCAACAUGUUUUAUUCUCUCGUUCCACACGAUUUUGGAAUCGGUUCCCCUCCUCUCCUGGACAAUAACGAAAUAAUUAAGCAAAAAAUCGAAAUGUUGAAUAGUUUGCUGGACAUUGAAAUUGCUUAUAGACUCUUGCAAGAAUGCGAAGGUUCUGGAAAUUCGAUAGACGAUCAUUACGGUAAAUUAAACGCGGAAAUAAUCGAUCUGGAUCCGGAAACGGAUGAAUAUAAAACCAUCGAAAUUUACGUUAAAAACACUCACGCUAAAACGCAUACGAAUUAUUCACUUGAAAUUGAAAACGUAUUCAAAAUUGAAAGAAAAGGUGAAAGUGAAAGAUAUGAGAAAAAUAGUAAAAUGUCAAAUCGAAAACUUUUAUGGCACGGUUCUAGAAUAACAAAUUUCGCUGGAAUUUUAUCACAGGGUUUGCGUAUUGCUCCACCCGAAGCUCCCGUUACGGGUUACAUGUUUGGUAAGGGUAUUUAUUUUGCGGAUAUGGUUUCAAAAUCUGCCAAUUAUUGUAACACGAGUAAAAAAAAUUGCACGGGUCUUUUAUUACUUUGCGAAGUGGCAUUAGGUAAAAUGUUGGAAUUGACUCAAGCCAAAAACAUUGUGAAACUUCCAUCGGGUAAAAACAGCGUGAAAGGCGUGGGUAGGACACAACCCGAUCCGACGGAGGUAAUCAUAUCACCGACGGGUGUCGAAGUACCCGUGGGAAAAGGAGUCGAUGCCGACGUUAAGGAUUCGGCUUUGUUGUACAACGAAUACAUCGUUUACGACGUCAGCCAAGUUAAAAUUCAAUAUUUGCUCCGUAUGAAAUUCAAUUAUAAAAUAUGA